CGCCAUAAUCAUUCGUGUGGGUCUGUGCUUGUGUGGUUUGGUUGUAAAAAUACCGGUGCCAACCAUUAUUUUUAAUUAGUAUAAGUUAUGCGUAUGAAUCCAGACAUGGACGAUGAUGAGAAGGGAAAACUGUUCGUCGGGGGUCUUUCUUGGGAGACAUCUCAAGAGAAUUUACAACGAUACUUCUCCCGUUACGGCGAUGUGAUCGACUGCGUAGUAAUGAAGAACAGCGAAUCUGGCCGAUCCAGGGGAUUCGGCUUCGUCACCUUCGCUGAGCCAGCACUGGUCAACGUAGUGCUGCAAAAUGGGCCUCAUCAACUUGACGGCAGAACCAUCGAUCCGAAGCCGUGCAAUCCUCGCACGCUUCAGAAACCGAAGCGCGGUGGCGGUUACCCCAAGGUCUUCUUGGGAGGACUUCCAUCCAAUGUCACCGAGACCGAUCUUCGGGUUUUCUUCGGCCGCUACGGCAAGGUCAUGGAAGUGGUCAUCAUGUACGAUCAGGAAAAGAAGAAAUCCAGAGGCUUUGGAUUCCUGUCUUUCGAGGACGAGAUUUCUGUUGAGAGGGUCACUCAAGAGCAUUUCAUCAAUCUCAAUGGAAAACAGGUGGAGAUCAAGCGCGCCGAACCACGCGAUGGGUCUGGCAAGCUAGGUUCCGGUGCAAGUGGAAUGGGCGGUGGAGCCCUGAGUGCGCCUGGCGAUGCGCCCCAAGCUGGGCAGUGGGGCCCACCGGCCGCCGCGCCCAUCAACAUGAUCCAGGGCCAUAACGGCCAGAUGGGUGGCCCACCCAUCAACAUGCCUAUGGCUGGCCCUAACAUCAUGCAAGGGUAUCAAGGCUGGGGUACAUCCGCGGGUAACGCUUCGUAUGCGGGAUACGGCGCGGCGGGUGCAGGCGCGGGCCCGGGCAACUACCAGGGCUGGGGCGCGCCGCCGGCCCCGCAGGCCCCGCCGCACGCGCCCGCCUGGCCCGCCACCAACAACUACACGCAGCACACGCAGCCGCCCGCGCAGGGAUACGGCAGCUACGCUAACUACAGCUCUGCGCCGGCGGGCGCGUCGGCCGGCGGCAGCUGGACCAACUGGAACAUGCCACAGAACUCCAAUUCUACCGGCUCCGGGUCGUACGUGCCGCUGUCUGAGGGCGGCGAGAUGUACGGUCGCGGCGGCGGCGGUGGCGGCGGCGCCGGCGGGCCCGCGCUGACGGGCGCGCUGUCGUCGGCGGCGCUGUCCAAGUCGUCGUCCGCGGACUACUCCACGUACCAGCAGUACCCGCCCGCCUACCAGCAGGACCAGGGCUCGUCGUACGGCGGCGCCGCGUCGCGCUACACCGCCACCGAGUACCACGGCUCCGCGCCCGCCGCGCAGCCGCCAGGUGUGCACCAUCCGCACCACGCUCCCAAACACUUCAACGCCAACGAGUUUAACAAGGAGUGGCCCGCCGCGUAGGCACACACACACACUCGUACACCACUGUACGGACAGACACUUGAGUUCUGCUCCGUGCGCUCACACGACCGCAGUGUGGUUAACUACAGUCGUAUCGCUCACACGUUAAUAAUAUACACUAUUCUUUUCUAAAGGUACGUAGAGGUAGGUAGAGUGAGUUCUGUAGUUUGUUACGCUGCGAUAGACGCACACUCAGACGUUGAUCUACCUUCUAGUACGCACUUGUAAGUAGUGUUAGUAAUUUGGCGCUUGUGAGACACUGAUUGUGUUUGUCAUAGUAGAUGUAGGCCAUUCCGCUUGACGUUUGAUCGAUGCAAGUGCGUGCUCGAACGGUUGUAUUCGAUCGACUCCAUCUAUCGAUUCUAACUUAGUCGAUAUACCUUAUAACGACAAAGAGAAUAGGGAUAGUUAGUGUUUAACCGAUUUGUUAACAUAUACCAUAAAACUGACGCGAAUAUUUCGUAUACCUCUGUGAAACUUCCCAAUAGGUGAUAGAUUUGUAGUUAUGUGUUUUUUGGAUUUCACGACCAAAACGAUAUUAACGUGAAAAUAGAAUAUUGAAUACAAUGCAACAAAUUAAUAUUUAUAUUGUAACUGAUAAAGUUAAUGGAUACAUUUAAAUUUUAUGCAUGCAAGUAUCUAAAGUCAAGAAGGCGGUUAUAAUAGUUAAUUUAUAAAGUCACCGAAGACUACAUUAACACAAACCCACACGCGUAAUUAAGCGUUAAUUUAAUAAGUAAAAUUAAAAUAUAAAAUAGUUUAAAUUAACAUUCAGAACCAUUAGGUGUAAAAGUCUUGUCUACUAAUUUAAAUAAGGUACUCCCACACUUCGCAAGUUUUGGCACUCGGCCGUCUCUGAACGCUACGAAGGAAUGAUAUUAAGACACUCGCUAGGCACUGGCCACGCGGGCGACGCGGCGACGUGUACCGCGACUCUGUCACUCGCCCAGAAGUUUUCGCGACCCCUCUUCUAUAGCUAAACGAUGCUGUCUUUUGCGCGUGUACUACAUUGUACACACUUUUUUAAUUAACUUUGCUUUUAAUAUUCUAUUUGGAUGUGGGUUUUAUUGUGAAAGAUUUAUUUUCUCUUGACACAUUUCGAAUGUUUUAGUAAGUUUUGUCGGUUUGUCUAAAGUGAUUUCUUUUAAUAAUGUCGUGUACGUGUACGGAGUAAGGCCGCGUAGAGCCGGGCCGCGCCGCCGCCCGCUCCGCCGCGCGAUCGCGUGACGCACAUUUGACAGACACUGUUAAACAAGGCCAAUUUAGGGAAAUGACCUAAAAGAACUUAACUUAAGCUAAUAACUUGUAUAAAUAUUUGGUAUAUAUAUCGGUAUGUAUGUUUAAUGUUAGAAUUUUGGUUAUUUACCACACACUAGACUUAGGAAAACGGUAGGCAUAUAAUGAGAUAAUUAUGUGUUAAUAUUAAACAAAACAUAGUUGACUGACGUGAUUUUAAUAUUUUAAUUAUUCCCGUUUUUGAGAAGGGAACAAUUCUGUAUAAAUAUUCGUAAUUUUAAUUUGUUUUCUUAUAUGCAUUUUAGUUUUUUAUCGCAAUUUUUAAGUUGAUACUAUUAUUAUAUGGAAUUUAUACUUUAAUGAAUUAAAUUUACCUGCCAAAUUGUUAACGAGCAAACGAUAUUGUCGUAUGUGUUAAGUAAUGAAGCUCAAGCAUUUAGGAUAUAGUUCGGUACGUGACGCGCCCGGCCGCAGGCAGCGCGCGCACCCCUCGCGCCCUCGCCAUACAUUUGUACAUAUAUAUACUUACUUGUGUGUAAAGCAUAAUUUUAAUCGAUUCUCUCGUCACAUAGUUUUAAAGUUUUAAUUUAUGUGAUUGCCAAAUAUUUUUAAAACUGUAUAGAGCUUUCGCCGGCCGCUACGGCCGCUAUGUUAGUCGUAUCAUAAUAUGUACCCGACGCGGUCGCGGGUCGCGCGGCCGUCCCGCCCCGCUACAAAGUGAGUUAUAAUUUAAAAUAACAUUGUUAGAUUAAAUUUAAUGUUAGUCCUUUACUGUACUAUAUCGCUCAAUCGUUUGACCGAUCGACUGAUUAAAAUUUUAGUGAUAAGCUAAGUAAUUAAUCGCGGGGACGGCAGUGGCCGCGCGGCCGUCGGCCCAGCGCAACGGCGCCGCGUCCGACCAUUAUUUGUUGUAAUUAUCUUAGAGUUUACGGUCACUGAUAGACUGCCCGACGCCCGGACACGGGAGUUGUUCCUUUAAUUUUAAAUAAUAGAACCGCGCCGCGCCGCGCUCGAUAAGAUUUGUUAAUAAAUGUUUUAAAUAGACGAAUUGUUGAUGAUUACAUUGAAUGCAUAAUUUGAUCGUUUAGAAUAUAGGGUUAUUUAAGAUCGCUCCAUAAGUAAAGUAUAAUUUAUCUAUUGAGGAAUAUUGUGAGGUGUAAGCAAAUUUUAUAAGUGACUAGCGGUCUGGGGCGAGGGGUGCGAUGUCCCAAAUUUAACGGUAAAACAUAGUGAAGAAGCCUUUUACAUUGUGAUGUUCAUAGUUAACGCGCAUACAUUUCUUAUAGCUCUUAAAAUAUACAUAUAAUAACAUAACAGACUCGACUGAGACUCAAUCAGUAUGUAGGAAAGUGAAACUCGUACCUUAUAACAAUAUAAUGAAAUAAUAAGAUAAACUAAUCGAGGUCGGUGCCUGACUGCCCAUUAGGUUACGUGUAGAUGUGCCGCUUUGUACCGCUUCGUUUACUCUUCGUUCCUAUGUUAGUUAGGUUAAUUUGUCUCGAUUCAUUCCUGGUUAUUUUUAUCGUUCUCGGCAUAGGUAGUGGUUCGUUCGUUUCGGUGUCACUGUCUCUCGUCUCGCUUUGUACUAGUUGCAUUUGUUGGCACUAACCCGGCCGCACAGGUCCGCACAUGUUCAGUUCGCAUAAUACCAUUAUGUUCCAUUGUUUCGAUUACGUUUUUAUACUUACUGUAGGUUUAAUGUACAUCCACCGAUGAUACGAACGAAAUUGUUCACAUCUGUUUUAAUAUUAGGAAACGAUGCCUUACAAAAAGUUAAGUGAAUAUAGAGAUGAUUUAUAAUUAUGUUAUUUUCGAUGAUAACGAUUAAUUAGCACUAAGGUGUUUAGACACGGGCUCGGCCCCGCACUCACAAACCUUUGGAACAAUUUAAGAACUUAGUUUGUAAUGAACCAACGUGGCAAUCUUCUAUUAACAUAAAGAAAUAAUUUAUUUAAAAUAAAGUAUAAUAUGUAUUAGAAAUUUUAGAUUUACUCAACAUUAAACUUAGUGCAAAUUAUUGUGAAAAAUCAAUUGAGACUAUUUAUAUGGGUUUUAAUUAUUAUUAUAUAGGAGAAGAGCAUUAAAAUAUUGGAUGAAUUUAUUAAUUAAAAUAGUUAGCAAAAUACAAAUACGAUAAGACUCGUUAGAGGCUCGUCUGUCAAAUGUGGUGUUCAUGCGGGCGCGUCGCUCCGCACCCGACUCCCCGCGGCCUGUACCACUGUACCAGAGUACCACUGUACCACUGUACCAGUGUCCCACUGUACCACUGUACCACUGUACCGCGUAGUACUGGGUACAUACAUUGCAUACACACCCUGAGCGACGACACGUGCAUCCCUUGCAUUUUAAUAUUACAAUCUGUAAUAUCGGUAUAAGAUAUGCAGCUGUAUCUUAAUGUUUAUGGAAUAAUUAAUAUUUUAAUCAUGGCUUAACUGUAGUACUGUUGCGUAGAUAACCUUUCGACUCUUGUUUGUAUUACUUUAUAUUAUAGUGUACGCGGUUUUUAUAUGUGUAUGUUUAUUCAGUAGUAUAUAAAGGAAACAAUGUUUUGUGUAAAAGUGUAUUUUGGUAUAAUGAUAAAAGUAACGUUAGCCCUGUUGGUGCGAGCAGGGCGACGCCGCGCGGGCGGGCGCGUGGCGGCGCCGUGCUCGUCUACAUUAAUAUAUUUAUGAUCGUAAUUGACUAAUUAUACAAGACCCCUAGUGUUAAACGUUAGAUUAGCAGUCGACUCAUUUUAAGUUCACUGUUUACUCGUCUUUUUAAAAUUAAUUCAUUUGCAUUUACAUGUAUAUCAGAGGACGACCAAAUCGUCCAACUUAACUGUAGUCUUUUCGAAACUUAUUUUAAAAACAAUGCAGGUAUUAUUAAAUAUAAAACCUCAUAUUUAUACUAGAAGUUAAUAUAAUGUAAUUAUUGAUCCCGAGUCAGAUAAAUUUUCACGGGCUUUACAGUUAAUUAUAACAUUAAUUAUUAUAAAACCUAGGGCAAGUUGUUAUUUAUUUCUGUUUUAAUUAAAAAAAAUUGAUGUUGAUUAUUUUUUAAACUAUUAUUUUCUUUAUAGUAAAUAAAAGUACAUAAUCCUUGAUCGAUUAGAAACAAAAUUGUUAGGUGAACUAUCGACUGAUGUACAAUAUUUAAAGUAAUGUUUACUGACAGCAGUACCUAUAUAAGUUUAAUUUACCCCGGCCCAGUACGGGCCGGCGCUGUAUUUAUACACACUUGUAUUAAUUUCCUAAAAUGUAAUUAAUCGGAAGCGGCGAACGCGAAGUAGCCACAAACUAAGCAUGUUACAAUUGUAAGACUAUUAUCUAGAUUUGUUGUAAUCUUGUAAUGUGUAAUCUACUAUAUACUUAGCCCUAUCUUGGUGAAGCCUAGCGGGGCGCGCGGGCGACUGGUCGUCUCGCGCGUCCCACAUAAGUUACUUUAUGUUCGUAUAAAAAAGAAAAUUAUGAUAGAUUUUACACGUGCGUCCUUAUUGUUUCUUUUUUACGAAGAUUACCUAAUGAUAAUUAGUUAAUUACGGUUUUAAUUAUUAAUUUUAACCGAAGCACUAAAGUAAGACGAGAAGCUUGUACGCGAUGAUUUAUUGAUGUAAUAAGUGCUAUCACAUACAUAACACUGAGGUCUUUCGGAGUAGAAAUUAUGCAUUAUUCAUAUUAGGUAUUUUGGGUAUAUAUAUUUAGUGUUAGAUUUAACUGGUAACAUAAGUAUGUAGUUUAUAAUGUAAUGGAAAGAAAUAAACACUUUUGUCGUAGUUUCCUAUUAUUAAGCUUCUUCUAUCUUAAUGGAUUAAGUAACUACUGGUUGAUUAAUAAAAUAUUAAUAUUACCACUGCAAAUAUUUGAGAUAUCUUAUGAUGAAAUAUAUAUCUACUUUAAGGACAUUAUAAAACGUAGAUAAUUAAAAGAAAUCAAAAAUUUCAAAAUAAAAUGGCAGUUUUAAUGGUGAAACACAACCCUUUACUCCCCGUGAAGUACACUUUUCACACAUAAUUUUUGUUUGUUUUUGUUUUUUUAUUACUAGUUGAGAACCCCAUUAAUGAAUAGUACAUUCAUAAUAGUCUUACACAAACGGCAGUAUAGAUAGACAUGAACACGACACGUUGCCGUUUCCAUUAGUUAUAUUGCUGUCUUAUUGUAUGUAUGUAUGCACUCUAUGCACUAUAACACAGCUACAUACAGUAAUAUAUUGCACCUAUGUAUCUAUCCUAUCCUCCUAUACUAUAUUCUAUCUGUCGUGUAGCGUUAAUCAUUUAAUAUUUGAAAUACAAUGGCAUGAUAUUUUUUUCCAAAUUUUCUUGAUAAUACUCAAAUGAAAUUGUUUUAUUUUUGCCACACUGCAUUUCUAAAUAAAUCUGGCUACUGUCAUUGUAUUGAGAAUAUCGUAGGAUUAUUUUACGUCAUUACAAAUGAACUGACUAGUUGUGUACGGCAGAGGGCGACGGUGUGUGCAGUAGCGCGGGCAGUCCCAAGUAUAUGAACGUACCGCAGAUGUCCGACGCCAUAGGAACUCCACCUCAGGUCCAGAACCUCCCUAUUUACUAAAAUUAUUACUAUCAUUCUACUGCUAGCAGUUACUAAUUCAAUAGGGUCCUAAAUAACUUACAAUCCAUUAGUUACGUACCAGAAAUGACUAGGCUCGGUAUCAUACGGCACUUUGCAGAUAUAUUAAUUACCUAUAUCGGGAUGCAAGAAAUGAGCACUGAACCGAGUAAGAGUUGUUUUUUUUACCGUUGUGGUUUGCUCAGUAGUUCUACCAAGCUUCGGUAGAUGGCGCAUAUUGUACAGACAAACAUUCAUAAAAGUUAAAAGUAUUUUUUUUUUAUUAAUUUCUAGAAUAUUCUUUAUUGCAAUUUUUAUAGUAAAUAUCAUUACAUAAUUGUUGUAUUAAGAUAUUUAAAUGGGCUGUGUCGUCGCUGUAUGAAAGUAUAUCAGUCAAAUGUGCCGUGUGACGUAAACUUGGUUGUCUCAAAGGAAUGUAAUAAAUUAAAAACCAGUACUUCUAAGUUGUUGGUCAUACUAUUCUCAUACAUUUCUAGCUGCUUAGCUAUUGAGUAUAUUUUAUACAAGCAAUUUUAACAGCGUAUCCUACAGGUCCCCAUGAUGUAUUGCGGAGGUAUGGUGUCGCCACAGCCGUCAUUUUGCAAUGUGUCCGACAUAUCUGCGUCUGUCUCAGGUGAUGACUAUGAAUACACGGGGGGCUCGGGAGACGGCUAUCAACGGUCAUCGAAACGCAGCUACCAUGGGUCGUCGUCAGGCGGAACUGCAUCGGCUUCUUCCUACCAUCCCUAUCGACGUUAACGAAUGAGCUGUGCGGCCUCUUUACAGCUCUGAGUGCCUGGUAACUCGGUUACACUUGUCAAUGUUUGUUAGUCUACGCGGCCUUAUAUUGCAUUCCGGUACGAUAGAAUAUCUUAUUAUAGAUAGGUUUAUAUAGUAAUUUUUCUCGCAUAGAUAAUACAAUUGUAUGUAAGCGCACUGUCACUAGAUGUCAUAAGAUAGUGCGGACUGAUUUAAUUUUAACUCACACUUUGGACAUAAAUAAUAACUAAGUGACACGCAGCUGUAUAAAUGAUAUAAAGUUAAUAAGUUUAUGUAAUAUACAAAUUAGGCUAACAAACCACCUCGUGCGAGACUCCGUUUAUUAACAAACAUUGUCUUACAUUUUACUUGUAAAAUAUUAUUAUAUCUCUUUUUCUACGAACGCAAUCAUUGAGUUUGUAAAUUGUUUUUAUUGGAAGCGGUCUAUUAGGGACGCCUGUUACUAGAUCGAUUUAGUUUUUGAGAAAUUUACUUUUGACUUUAAGCAUUUCUUUGACUUGUAUUAAUGGACAUGCAUGUCGCGACAUUAGCGUGAAGUAUCGUCAUGUCGAGCGUCAUGGACUUGAGGACUUGACGGUAACUAGAUGAUAUGAAUGAUAAGAGACGUCCCUUUUAGAACAUUUUCCGAAUUAUUAAGUUAGUAGAUUAGUUUUUCUUUUGGAUAUAUUUGUCUAGUGUGGGACUGAUUGGACGCGUGUGUCGAUCCAUCGACCUUUUUUAACUACAAAUUCUAGUUGUAAUAUCAUACUAAGAGUUUAGAACGUUUUACUAUACAAUGCAAUAGAUUCCAAAUUGUGAUUCUUUAAUGUUUUAUAGUAUGUAACGUGUAACGUAUCCAUUGGCCUUAGUCUCGGAUAAAAGGUAAAUAAAUUGUAAGAGUAUUGUAUCUGUCCCGACUUCUAUACAUUACAUGUAUCUUUCUAACAUUUUACUCGACGUAUUUAGGCAUUCAGCUAUAAUUUUAAGGAACUAAAUAGAUUUUACCACCAUUGUAAAAAUAGUGACUAUUUAAAGAAUAUUAACAAAAGUACCUUUUCACUCUAGUUGUUAAAUUAAUCCCAAGGAGGACCACUUUUGUAGUAUGAAUACUUAUACCACCGCGGUUAUUGUUCGAAUGAGUUUUCAUUUCCUCGUUGUUACAAUAUAAAAUUGACAUAUUUUCGUAAUAUUUACUUUAGAUGUUAGAUAGGGUAGUCAACCAUAUGGAAUGGUUAUAAAAUUUUCAAUGACUUCAAAGAAAUCAUGUUGCUACCUAAUAGGUAUUAUUGUUUAAGAGGCAUUUAUGACAAAAUUUUGCAAAAAUCACUCGAGUAUGUAUGUAUCGCAAUGUAAUUGUCUUGGAUGUUUGAGAAACAUAAUUUCUGAUGCUGUGAUGGAAUUUGAAAUAUCCGCGCCGUUUGGCCUCUGAAAUACUUCCAAUUGUCGGUACUCUCUCUUAAAACGUGUAUGUUCUUAAACUUUAAUAAAAAUACUAUAUAAUUUAAGUUUUAUUUAAAUUCUCUGACAAGACUGUCUGUUUCCUCCUUCUGUAACAGUUUAGCUAUAAUUCUUGAUAACUCGAUACAGGUAUAUAAAUUAAUAGACGGUACGUUUUUUAUAAUAAUCUUAUUUUUUAUUUUUGAAUCAAAUUUUUUAAAUUACAUUUUAUAACUGACGUAGGUAGGCCUUGUUAAUAUUUAAAUAAUGUACGAUUAAAAUUUAAUGACAUUGGGUAAGUACAAUGGAAAAUAGAUCAGAAGUUAAAAUGUAUGUAAUUAAAAUUAAUGUUUAUAAUUAUUAACAAUGUAAUAUAAAAUAGAAGUUAAUGUACAUUAUUAUAAUUAUUAUAAAUCGUUUGAAGUUACACCAAUGGACAGGUAUUACAUUAGGUCAGGUGAUUUAAUAUAGAAAUUACAUCUAGAUAAUAUAUCUUAUAUUAAUAUUAGGCUCUAAAAUUAAGAGGUCAUGAUACUUUUAGCACACAUGAAUUAUACAUAAUUAUAGAUUAGCAGUUCAUUACUCUGGACCAUAGAUAUAAUGAUAGCCACCUACACAUUACACCUAAGUUAAUAUUUUGGCUUAGAUUUUUAUAUUAAACGUGUUCUUUAUAAUAAAUUAGUAUUACGGAAAUUCUUAUGUAGAGAAUCGUCUAAAUAAAUUGUGUAAAUUUAAUUUCCACAUUAUUUUAUUAAAGCUUACAAUUAGGGUAAUUUUAAUAAUCCUAUCACCAAUGGACAGACAAAUUGUACAUAAUAAUUAAUAAUGUAAUUAUAAUUUACUUUUGAAUUUUACAUUAACGCUCUCGAGGCGUUUAUUUCCUUAAUUACAAAAGCGAUUUUGGAUGUGCACAUUAUUUUCAAAUGUUUUGAAUAUAAUCCUACAAAUGCAUGAAUUUAUAAGUGCCAUAUGAAUACUUAGUGGCUGGAUUUAAAUUCAUAAGCGGACCGGGUAAGGCACUAGGAAAGAAGCGAAUAUUUACAACGAAUGCUAAUUGGAAUUGACUAAAUAUUUCUAGAAUGGAGAUCAUUAUAAAUGUAGGUACACAUUAGUAGCUUAAACUAAUAUUUCUAAACCAUUGCGCAGACAAUAGGCCAAAUUUAUUUAUAUUUUUAUAAUUUGGAUGAUCACGCAAAAUUAACCUAUUCUGUGAAGUUAACACUCGUUAGGUAAUACGAAUUUAUUUACGACCGAAUAAAAUUUAAUCUUCUAGCUUACAAAAUAUUGAAAUUAUAAUUAAAACAU